UGUAAAACAUAUUAAUAGUAGUAUUAAAAUUGUAGGUCAAAAGAUCUACUGGGUCAGUAGGAGGAUAAUGACUCAAUCUUCAAAAAGCAUUGUAAUUGAGUCGCUGAAGACAAAUGUCGUGAAGGAUGCUAAACGGAUGUACAAUUAACAAUGAUUUCGUAACAAGCUGAGAGGAAAAUUUACUCUGCUCCAAAAUUUUCAACUCAAGCAUUGAGUUAUACAGGAGAACCUGCUCACAGGUAUGGUAGGAAAAGCUCCGCGACGAUGGCUGUAUUAGAUACUUUGUUUGAUUGGCAAGUAGUCUUCAAGUAGGAUUGUAGUUAGGAACAAUCAACAAGACUUGGUAGUCUUACAAGUAGACGGGACCACGAGCAUUGAUUUGCAUUGUGAGAGCUUGGGUCUCUCUUUCCGAUCGUCUUAGAGUAUUCCGGGAGCCAUUGGAUUUCCUAAGGCGUUGAUUUUUGCUUGUUAUAAUUGCCGUUCCCUAUCUUGCCUUUCCUUCUCUUUUCUUGGUAAGCGUGAAGAACGGUUUUGGUUAAACAUAGAAAUAAAAGAUAUGAACCAUAUAACAUAGGAAAUAAAAUGAAACAAUGCGACGGGACCAAAUUUCUUAUGGUAUUUCAAGGUUAAUGACAGCACUACAUUAACAAAGCAUAUGAACGCAAGACAGCAAAUAUGCAUAAACACCUUAGAAUGAUAGUUUACUAUCUCUUGGCUGACUUUCUCGUAUGUAUCACCUGAAUCAUCUUCAGGGCGUCGAUAAUCGUACACAAUUUGAGGCUGAAACAUGUUGAAUCCACAAUUUUUGAUGAGGAUUCGCUGUGAAGUUUCAAUGGAAAGCGAAGGAGGAUGAUAUUCGACGUCAGUCGGAAGGGAGAAGAUGGAUGGCAUUCAAGGCAGCCUAUUCCAUUCAAAGUUACCACCAUCUUUUUUUUUAUAUCUUUAAGAAUGAGUCAACCUGAAGAGGCUUUUGAGGAAACUGCUCCUUUAGCAUCUGAAAUCCCUCCUCAGUAUGAAGAGGAAUCAAGCAAAUGUCUUUGGCAAAGUUUACGAAACAGAGAAAUUUCUUUUCGCGUUCUAUUAGGGACUUUCCUUCUCACCUAUACUUUUGUCUUUUUCAUUCUUUUUCUUGUGUACUUUAUUAAUAUUUUGGUAGAUGAUAAUAAAAGAGAAAUUAGUGAAGGUAUCCCAUAUUACUUUACAUCUAUUUCUUGUUCGAUACUUGGCCUUGUCUGCUUUAUUUUUAUUUGUGUUUACUCUCGACCUGUUGUUGUCAAGGUUGAAAUGGGUUCGAUUCCCAUGGAAGAUUUGUCACGAAAAAAUGAUACAACGAAAAGGUAGCUUUACCCACAUUUGAAGUAUAACCCAAUCAAAAAGUUAUUUCUUCCUGAAUAUCAGAUAUUCUAAGGAUGCCUCCUCAAGUUUCCUUCCAGUAGGUGAAUAUUAACAAAAAAGGAAUUCUACGGAAAACUGUGCAAAUUCUAUCUGACAAGCGAAGCGGCAUGCCUACUGAACACGAAUGGUUAUAAAAAUACAAGGAGCUUCUUAGUGAAUUCAACAUUUGAGUUCCUUGGGCGUUGAGAAGCUUUCAUUUUAUCGUCUAAUAACGAUGUCGUGUGGAAUAGUCUUUAGGUGAAAUAACAAGACCUUUUCCUUUUCUAGCUCCUCUAAAAACCGUUUCAAUAAUAUCAAUCAUUUCCUGUUUAUCUUCCAAAGCCCAAUUGAUUUUGUUGUUAUUACCGGUACCCAGAUCAAUCAUCAUAUGCUUAUUUCGGUAGAAAAACAUAAUCGUAGUCCUAUCAUAAAGUUCGUACAUCUUUAAAACGUUAGUAUGGCCGUCUCAACUGUUGGCUGAACCAAAUAGACAAUGCCUUUGCCUAAAGUCUCAUACCUUGUUGAAGUCUGGAACUUCGUCAACGUCAACCAAGUAAAAAACAGCCAUAUUUAUAACCUUUUCUGCAAUUCUAUAAAGGACUUCAUCUUGUUUCAUGCACUCUUCAUCCUAUUCCAGCUAAAUUAGUACACCGGUUUCCCAUGAUCCUUAGACGUACGUGAUCACGACCAAAGCGUAUAAUUACAAGCCUUUCUUGCUCUUCCAAGAUUAAUUAGUUAAUGAAGCUUAAAAAAAGAAUUCAACCAACAUGCGUGUUCAUACCAGAAAGAAUUGCUUGGUCCACAUGCCUAAUGCACAAGUGUUAGAACGGCAUAUAUAAGUGAAGCUUUCGUACCAUCCAGAAUGAAGAUGAGGAAGAAAAUAACUCAUCGCGAUGUUUCUCAAACUUUUGAACUUUGCUUUUUCGUCAAGAAUAGAAAUUGAAUUAAGGACACUUUGGAAUGCA